CACUCGCUGAAAGCAGCAACUCAUGAGACUGACACACCCAAGAUGGCCGAGCUGUGAGCGGCUGUAAGUUGCGUGUGGGGUUCUCUGAAAACAGGAAAAUCUCUGCUUUUCCGAAAGCUUGCGUAAAACUCUUGCUACACAGAAGCUGAAGGAAGAGGCAUACUGCAGAUACGAAACGACGUUGUGCAUGAUAGUGAGGAGUUUGGUUCGGACAAAAGUGAUUCUAAGGAUGGCCUUCCCGGGUUUCGCCAGCCCGGCCGGCCCCAAGCCCGACCUCCACGUGAUCUGGGAGGACGCCGAGCUGGUGGCCUACCUCCACCCCCAGCCCUGGACACCGGGCGCCACGGUCCUGACGCAGAAGAAGCCGAGCGGGCCGUCCAGCAUUUUCCACCUGCCCCUGGUGGAGUACGAGGCGCUGAUGAGGGGGGCGCGAGCCGUGGCCGCCCUCCUGUGCCGGCAGGUCCCGGUGCACCGGUGCGGCCUGAUCGCCGAGCCCAGGCCCGGGCAGCCGGCCCACGUCAAGGUGCUCCCCAUGCACGGGGUGGAGCCCGUCUGGAGGCCCCACCUGGCUGGGGAGCAGGAGUUCAGCCCCCAGUACCCGGGCUACUGCACCUCCAAGAACGGCCCGCGGGCGGCGGAUUCGGAGCUGGAGCUCAUCCAGGCCCGCAUCCGGGCCCGGCUGCCCUCCCCCGCCCCCGUCAGCUACCGGUUCUUGGGCGACCCCUCCGACGACAACCUGUUCGCCCGCAUCGUGCGCGGCGCCGAGGAGAAGCAGUGGCGCGUGUGGGAGGACGACGCCCAUGUGGCCCUGCUGACGCCUUUCCCCAACACGCCCGGCUACACCGUGCUGGUGCCCCGCCGUCACCUGCCCAGCGACCUCUUCCGCCUGGAGGAAGACGAUUACCGGGAGCUGACCCUCGCCGCCCGCAGGGUGGCCCUGCUGCUGGAGGAGGGGCUGGGCGCCCAGAGCUGCGCCCUGAUGUUCGAGGGCUACGAGAUUGACUACGCCCAUGCCAAGCUCAUCCCCCUCCACGUGCCCCCCCAGAGCCCCGAGCCCCCAGCGCCGCAGUUCACCCCCAGGUACAGCGGCCACCUGUCCUCGGUUGACGGACCCCCAGCAAGUGCCCAGCACCUGCUGGAGCUCCAGGCCAAGAUCACACAGGGUGGCUCUUAACACACCCUGCGCGGGAGAAGGGAGCUUUCCGUCACGUGGAGAGAUCUCGAGCAUCUUUUUAAAAAAAAAUAAAUAUACAGUUCACUGUCCAUAAUAAAAUGUUCCCCAUUAGCAGUGUUAACACUAGGGUGACCAAACUCUAAGCGCAUGAGGGAGCAGACACAAACUCCUCAAUAGCAGAUCUAGAUCUACAUCUCAUCUAGUAAAUGGUAGAUGAACUAGUAGAUCAGCCUUUGUCCAGCAUACAGGCCCCUGUGUUCUGAAACAUAUGACUGAAUAAGAACAAAGGUUGCUUUCAGACUUUUGUUUUGAGAGUGAGGGAGGGAACGCGUGCUGAAUUCAUCGAGUCCUUUAUCUCAAAUCAAUGCAAAUAAAGUGGGGAAGUAUAU